CUGCUCAUAUGAGGAGGCAACGGAGGGUGAGUCAGGGUAGUGGCUGGGGGGGGGGUUAUAGUUGCGUUUUACAACUAACUCAAAUCGUCAUGUCAGACAAACAGCAGUGAGGUCGGGGUGAGUUAACAAGCUGUCGAUAUGAAAACAGCUGAGGAAAAGAUGUGAAGACAACGGAAUGGCAGUGGACGGGGCAAAUAACGAUGCAAAUGUACUUUUGUUGACGGCUAAUGUCAGCCCGAGGUCCGCGGCUUAGCUAGCUAACGCCACCAGUUCACUCGGUUGGACUACAAAGACAGACUGACAGACCGGUGCUGAUUUAGGAGAACUCAAGCAGCCACAGGACAUCAGAAGACAACAGAAAGAGUGGAUGUUUUUUUCAAACAGCACAUGGCUUGUAUUCUGCUGACAGAUAUGGAUCCACCCACCUGCGGUCCCACGGCACAUCACAAUGGUCUCCUCCCUGAGCUCAACCCAGACACCAGAGUCGACCCCAAGCAGGCCAUGGGUGCCACCUGCCUCACUAUCCACCUUUACUAUGUGGGGAAGGAUGGAGAAGGGGGUGGGGCCAACGGUUCAGAGAGUACGCUCACGUUUCCAGCUGGGGAGUACGUAGCAGAGGAACUGUGCAUUAGUGCAGCGAAAGCAUGUGGGAUUGCUCCAGUGUACUGCAGCUUGUUUGGCCUGAUGAGGGAAAGUGACCGGGUUUGGUUCCCUCCUAAUCACAUAUUUAAAGUGCACCAGACAGCCAGUGAGACCCUGCACUUCAGAAUCAGAUACUAUUUUCUGGGCUGGCAUAACAGUGGCAAUUCAUCGUAUGCCCAUCGUUACGGCCUGUCCAAGGGCAUGGAGAGCCCUGUGAUGGACGAUUGUGUCAUGGCGUACCUAUUUUUUCAGUGGCGCAGUAACUUUCUGAAUAGCUGGGUUCAUAUUCCAGUGAGCCAUGAAGCCCAGGAGGAGUGUCUGGGCAUGGCGGUACUGGACAUGAUGAGGCUCGCCAAAGAGAGCGGUCAGUCACCUGUGAGAAUCUGCAACGAUAUCAGCUACAAGUCCUUUCUGCCAAAGUGUGUGCGCAGCCACAUCCAGGAAUACAACAUUUUGACUCGGAAGAGGAUCCGCUAUCGCUUCAAGAAAUUCAUCCAGCAGUUCAGUGAAUGCAAAAUGACAGUGUGUAACCUCAAACUCAAAUACCUGAUGAGCCUGGAGACGCUGCUACCCUCCCUCUACUCUGAACGCUUCCAAGUCACCGACCUCUCUUCACGUGAGGUUACCAUUGUUGUCAUGGGCAAUAAGGGCAUCCAGUGGUCAAAAGGGAAAGAUGAGGAAGCAGAGGAGGAGCUCCAGACAUACUGUGACUUCCCAGAGGUGAUUGACAUCAGCAUCAAACAAGCCAAUAAGGAAGGCUCUGUGGAGAGUCGCAUAGUUACCCUAACCAGACAGGACAACCAGAUAUUGGAACUGGAGUUCCAUUUGCUCUCGGAGGCUCUCUCAUUCGUUUCAUUAGUCGACGGCUAUUACAGACUGGUUGCAGAUGCGCAUCAUUACCUGUGUAAAGAGGUGGCCCCGCCAAGACUUCUGGAGUGCCUUCAGAGCCACUGCCAUGGCCCUGUGUCGAUAGAUUUUACGCUUGAUAAACUGCGUCGUUCUGGUAACCACCAAGGCCUGUACCUCCUCCGCUGCAGCCCCAGGGAUUAUGACAAAUACUUCAUGUCCUUUGUAGUGGGGUAUGAAACUAUGGUGGACUAUAAGCAUUGUCAUAUCGUGAAGACGGAGGCAGGACAGUACAUCCUGAGCGGUGCUAAGAGGAGCUUCGGCUCACUCAGGGAACUUCUGCACUGUUACCAGAAGGAAGCGCUCCGCACUGAUGGAUACACAUUCCAGCUGACCAGGUGCUGUCCACCCACUCUGAAAGAUAAAUCCAACCUGCUGGUGUGCAGAAAGCAAGGGGCAGAGGUAUCACUGUCUCCCUCUCUCCCCAAGAACAGCAUCAGCCAGAUGGUCUUCCACAAGAUCCGAAAAGAGGACCUCGUCAUCAAUGAGAGCCUGGGCCAAGGAACAUUCACCAAGAUCUUCUGUGGUGUGAGGAAGGAGCUGAGAGACUACGGAGAGAUACACCAGAUGGACGUUGUUAUCAAGAUCCUGGACAAGGCUCACCGAAACUAUUCAGAGUCAUUCUUUGAAGCAGCCAGCAUGAUGAGCCAGCUUUCCCACAAGCACCUACUUCUCAACUAUGGGGUCUGUGUUUGUGGCGAUGAGAACAUGAUGGUGCAAGAGUACGGCAAAUUUGGUUCACUCGACACCUACCUGAAAAAGAGCAAAAACUGUGUUAACAUCACCUGGAAGCUGGAAGUGGCCAAGCAGCUGUCCUGGGCUAUGCAUUACCUGGAAGAUAAGAACCUCAUUCAUGGAAAUGUAUGUGCGAAGAAUGUUCUGCUGAUCAGAGAGGCAGAUCGGACGACUGGCAGCCUUCCCUUCAUCAAACUCAGCGAUCCGGGUAUCAGCAUCACUGUGCUGCCCAGAGAAGUUCUGGUGGAGCGUAUCCCAUGGGUGCCUCCCGAGUGCAUUGAAAACUCACAAAACCUGAGUUUAGCCACAGACAAGUGGGGCUUUGGGACCACACUUUGGGAGAUCUGCAGUGGCGGCGACAAACCACUCAGCACCCUGGACUGCUCCAAGAAGAUCUUGUUCUACGAGGACAGGCACCAGCUUCCGGCUCCUAAAUGGACAGAACUGGCCAAUCUGAUCAACAGCUGUAUGGACUAUGAGCCCUCACACCGACCCGCCUUCAGAGCAAUCAUAAGGGAUCUAAACAGCCUCUUCACACCAGACUAUGAGCUUUUGGUGGAGAGUGAUAUGGUGCCCAACAGGACAAGAGGUUCUGGCUUCCCUUGGGCCUCCGAGAGCCAGGAGUCCGCCCAGUUUGAGGAGAGGCACCUCAUCUUUCUCAAGCAGCUGGGCAAAGGAAACUUUGGUAGCGUGGAGAUGUGCAGGUAUGACCCCCUGCAGGACAGCACAGGGGAGGUCGUGGCCGUGAAGAAACUACAGCACAGUACAGCUGAGCACCUCAGGGACUUUGAGCGGGAGAUCGAGAUCCUCAGAUCCCUCCAGCAUGAAAACAUCGUCAAAUACAAAGGAGUCUGCUAUAGUGCAGGUCGAAGGAACCUGAGGCUGAUAAUGGAGUAUCUCCCCUACGGCAGUUUGAGAGAUUAUCUCAUCAAACACAAGGACCACUUUGAUUCAAAGAAACUCCUGCAUUAUGCAUCACAGAUUUGUAAGGGUAUGGACUACCUCGGCAUGAAGCGAUACAUCCACAGAGACCUGGCCACUCGAAACAUUCUGGUGGAGAGCGAGAUGAGGGUGAAAAUCGGUGAUUUCGGCCUGACCAAGGUGCUGCCACAGGACAAGGAGUACUACACUGUCAGAGAGCCUGGGGAAAGCCCCAUCUUUUGGUAUGCUCCAGAGUCGCUGACAGAGAGCAAGUUCUCUGUGGCAUCAGAUGUUUGGAGUUUCGGUGUCGUCCUCUAUGAACUCUUCACUUACAGUGACAAGAACAGCAGCCCACCUGCGGUGUUCAUGGAGAAGAUGGGAAAUGAAAAGCAGGGCCAGAUGAUUGUGUACCAUCUCAUAGAUCUGCUGAAACAGGGAUACAGGUUACCUGCUCCGGAUAAUUGUCCAAAGGAGAUUUACAAGAUCAUGAAAGAGUGCUGGAGCAGUGAACCACGACUACGCCCUAAUUUCAUGACAUUAAUCCACAGUGUGGAGGCUGUACGUGACAGCAUGGACAGAUGAGCAGCAUUGAUCCCUGAACCUCUGACCUUUAGUUGUUGACUCCCUGGGAGACAGUCCUCACAGGUCUUAUCAGGACAGUGAAUGUCUUUAAGAUGUCAGCAGUGAUGCAGUCACUGGUCUCAAAACUACGUCUUUCCACUGGUGCUCUGCAUUUCUGUCAGCCAACAUCAUGAUAACCCAUUUGUUUCUAUGGCCACAGGAGUACACAAAGUAGUACACAAAGGAUGUUAUUAGUUAGUACACUACAUGUGGCUCAGACACAAAACAAAGGAUCAUUUCUAAUGCCUUUAAGGUCAUUUCAUUAUGGGAUAAAUUAUUUUUAUUGUGUUAUUUGUACAUUUUGUAUUUUACAGAUUGAAGUUGACAAUAGUCAUGGACAAUGGGUUUUUUUAAGAAUCCUUUUUUUUUCUACUUUCAUUAACGUAUACUGAAUGUGAAAGCCUUAAAGCCAGUAGUAGUACCAAAAAUACUUCAUUAAUGCUCAGUACUUUGAUUUUGUACAUUUUUUUCCUUUUUAUGUGAAAUGAGCAGCAGCUUAUUUAGCUUCACCAAAGAGGACAUAGGAUCCUUAACAGACUGUCAGCCAUCUAACUGCACACCUGAACCUCACUGCACAGCUCAUGUGCACAUGAGCUUUUCCAGAAGGGCCGAAGCUGGGCAGAGUUCUUCCUGCUGACACCUGGACAGUCUUGUGGUUGACAGUCUUCAGACUGAUAAAGUACCAACCAUAAAUGUAAAGCAGCUGCACUUCUUUCACAAGGGGACCCUGUAUGACGACCUCAAGAAGUGCUUUUGUGUCUGAUAUCUGUGGUCACACUGGACUCUGUGUUUUUACUCAUAUUUGUUGCACAUUGAGGAUAGUUCUGUGUGUUCCCGACCUGACGAAACAACAGGAGAAUCACACAGAGUCACGUUUUCACUUGUAAGUUUGCCAUGACUUUACAGUCUGCAUAAUCACGACCAGCCUUAACACAUAUCAUCUGUUAUUUGUUUACAUCUUUUCAUGCAGUGUGGGAAACAAUGAAAUAUACAAGAGAGACUGCAAUAACUGCUCAUUGAUCUGUCUGAGAAAUCUUGUGUUGCGUCAUGGGUUCAUACAGUAUCACAGAAGGAAACAAGCUCGGGAAAUGAUGAUACUGAAGAUUGAGAAAAACUAAUGAAGGGAGGUGCUUUUAUUUACUUCAGUGACAUGUUGCCAUGGUUUUCUUUAAAAACUACUUGACUUCUGUUCAUGUCAUUGUUUUUCAUUUUCAUUUAAAGAGCAUGCAGUAUUUAUAUGUUGAGUAUAUGCCAAAAUGUAUAUUACAGGGUCAGUCACAAAUGUAUCAGUGGUUAGGGUUUUUUUUUAGCUAAAUACCAAGUGUUACCAACGGAUGAAUGGCAGUUCGGUUGUUAUUUGUGAUUUGAGACUGGUGAGAGGAAACCCUACAUAAACAGAAUCAAAUUUGCGACAUGGCAUCUUUCUUUCAUACCAUAAAAAGCGGGCCCUGUGAACAUUCAUACACCAAAUGUCAAAGACUUGAUGCCCUCUCACAUCGCUAAGACGUGUCACUGUAAAUAGCCAUGUUUUCUCACUUACAGUGUGUCUGUAAGCUCCUACUCCCUAACUUCACGGUAGUGUUGAUACAGAUGAUCUCGAUCAUCUGAAUGUUUUGUUUGUAACGUUAAGUCUGUUCAGACUGUUCAGAGUGUGAAGUUGUUUCAGAGUUGCUAUCAUGCCUAUGAUGGAAAAUGUUGCCACCUAACGGGUUAUGUUUUUUACUCAUACAAGUAUUAUUGUAAGACAUGCAUUGAUGUGUGAGACCAAAUAUGAGUAUUUUGUGAAAUAUGCAUAUUUUUUUUUGUUUUUUUUUUAUCCAAAGAUUUUCAGAAAGUAUAAAUGAUAUUUAACCAGA